AUGGAGGCCCUCUGCGAAUACAGCUACUGCUCGCUAGCAGCCGGCAUGAAAGAAGCCGAGCCGGGAGCCUCGCGGGGUCCCUUCCCCGGCUCCCUGGAGGAAAGGCUCCUCGGCAACGGGACCAACGAGUCCCUGCAGGAGCUCCUGAGGAGCCUCAUCAGCCUGGAGAGGGCGGACGGGAGCGGCUCCCUGGUCCUGCGGGUCUUCAUCUCCAUCAUCUACUCGGUGGUCUGCGCCCUGGGUCUGGUAGGCAACCUGCUGGUGCUCUAUCUGAUGAAAAGCAAGCAAGGUUGGAACAAGUCCUCCAUCAACCUCUUCGUGACCUGCCUGGCGGUGACUGACUUCCAGUUUGUGCUGACUUUGCCCUUCUGGGCGGUGGAGAAUGCUCUGGAUUUCACCUGGCUCUUUGGCAAGGCCAUGUGCAAGGUCCUCUCCUACGUGACGGCCAUGAGCAUGUACGCCAGCGUCUUCUUCCUCACGGCCAUGAGUGUUGCCCGCUAUCACUCGGUGGCCUCUGCCCUGAAGAGCAAAAGGCAGCUGGGGCUUGGCGGGGACUGCACCUUCGCCAAGUGGCUGUGUGUCCUCAUCUGGCUGGUGGCCAUCCUUGCUUCUCUGCCCACCGGCAUCUUCUCCACCACCUCCACUAUCUACUCAGAGGAGGAAUUCUGCCUGGUCAAGAUCCCGGACAGCCAAGGGAAGAAUACCCAGUUCUGGCUGGGACUGUACCAUGCCCAGAAGGUGCUGCUGGGCUUUGUGUUGCCACUGGGCACCAUCACCCUUUGCUACCUGUUGUUGGUGCGCUUCAUCAGUGACAGACACAUGGGCACCAGCUCCUGUGGGCCCAGCACUAGGCGCCGGUCCCAGGUGACCAAAUCAGUGACAAUUGUAGUGCUGUCCUUCUUCCUCUGCUGGCUUCCCAACCAGGCGCUGACCACCUGGGGCAUCCUCAUCAAGCUCAACGUGCUGCACUUCAGCGAUGCCUACUUCCUCUCUCAGGUCUACCUUUUCCCCAUCAGCAUCUGCCUGGCGCACUCCAACAGCUGCCUCAAUCCCAUCUUCUACUGCCUCAUGCGCAGGGAAUUCCGCAAGGCUCUCAAGAAGUUGCUGUGGAGGAUCACCUCGCCCUCGCUCACCGCCAUGCGCCCCUUCACGGCCACCACCAAGCCAGAGCAGGAGGAGCAAGCACUGCAGACCCUGGUGCCCAUUGACCCGGUGGUUGGUCCUGCUGGCCCUGCCGCUCCUCCUGGAGCAAUAGCCCUGCCUGGCAUCAUCUCCUAUCCCCCCGGGGUGGUGGUCUACACUAACUGCUCUGACAUCUUGCCCACCAGCACCUUGCCUGAACUCCACUGUUAA